AUGAUCGGCAACAUCUUCUCCUGGGGCGCUGCCCCGAACAAGCGCGCGGCCGACCCUACCUCGUCUUCGGCAUCGUCUCGCGCCUCAGCCAACAUCCGACAUCGCUACGAGAUGCCUACCCCGGCCCAGCACCGUCACUCGCACCGCAUCGACACGCUCGGCCCGCACCGCAAGUACGAGAUCUCUACCAGCACCGGUCUACAGUUCGACACCCUGCUUCGCCCCACCACGGCCUCGGUCAACGGCGGGCAUGUCCAUGUCCUGCUCGACGAGAUGUGCAAGCAACUCCGAUCCCAGCCGACGUGCUUGAACGCCAUGGCCGCCCAGCAGGAGUCACUCAACAAGACGGUCAAGAGGCUCAACGCCAAGGUCGCCGCCUACAGCUCCACCAAACCGAAGGACAUCGGCUUUCACGAACCGCGCGACACUCCGAGGAAGAGCUGUCGCGCUGAACCAACCAUCGUGUAA